AAUGAAGUCCAAACUUCAAGACCCGUGGUGCUUUGCGGGUCUGUCGCCUGUCUAUGACAUCACACCAGGAACGUUCAGGAACGUGUUUACAGUUUGUUGCGUCAUUGGUACAGACUCCUCUGAAAGGUGAAAUUAGAUAACAAACCAGCCGACUGGACUCAGUAGCGGUCAGUAAUGCUGGUAGCACGCCUGUCAUGUCUGCGGUCAGCCCCUGUGCUGGGUCUGCGGUCAGUCCUGCGGAGUCCAGCCCUGAUGAAGUCCGGUCCACCCCAGAUCAGACCACAGCAGGGUUAUUCCACCAGGACUCGGCUGGGAUUCCGCCGGAACAAGACGGCCAAAGAUCAAGUUCAGGAAUCAGCGUUUGAGCCUGCUAUGGACACAGCAAUUAAAAUCGACAGCAUGGGUCGGAUCAUCCUCGCCGGAGGCGCUGCCGUUGGACUCGGAGCAUUGUGUUAUUAUGGCCUUGGGAUGUCCAAUGAGAUCGGAGCCAUCGAGAAAGCAGUGAUCUGGCCUCAGUACGUGAAGGACAGGAUUCACUCCACAUACAUGUAUUUCGCGGGCAGCGUGGGUCUGACGGCGCUCUCGGCCGUGGCGGUCAGCAGAACGCCGGCGCUCAUGGGACUCAUGAUGAGGGGCUCCUGGCUGGCUAUUGGUGCCACGUUUGCUGCUAUGAUCGGUGCCGGGAUGUUGGUGAGGUCGAUCUCAUAUGAACACAGUCCGCUGCCGAAACACCUGGCCUGGGCUCUACACGCAGGUGUGAUGGGGGCCGUUAUUGCUCCGCUUACACUUCUGGGCGGUCCGCUGAUGGUCCGAGCGGCCUGGUACACCGCAGGAAUCGUGGGCGGUCUUUCUACGGUGGCCAUGUGUGCUCCGAGCGAUAAGUUCCUGAGCUUGGGCGGGCCGCUGGCCGUGGGCUUCGGCGUGGUGUUCGCCUCGUCUCUGGGCUCCAUGUUUCUGCCCCCCACCUCGGCUUUCGGGGCCGGCUUAUACUCGGUGGCCGUUUAUGGAGGUCUGGUCCUGUUUAGCAUGUUUCUGCUGUAUGACACACAGAAAGUCAUAAAGCGAGCCGAGACACACCCUCUCUAUGGCGUUCAGAAAUAUGACCCCAUUAAUGCGUGCAUGGGCAUCUACAUGGACACGCUCAAUAUCUUCAUGAGGCUGGUGAUGAUUCUAGCCAAUGGCGGCGGAAGCAGAAGGAAGUAGCCGUAAGAAGACAAGACAUUGACUGGAGGAGAAAGAUUUAGCUAAAUAAAAGUUGCUCAUUUAUUUGUUUAAAAGCAGAAAAAAACUUUCUUGGAUUACUUUCAGCUGCAUUGCAUUUUAAACAUUUCCAACAGUACUAGCUAAUUGGCAUAGUUAAUCUUAUAAAAAUGAAAAUGAAUGCAGAUUGUCUUACUCAGUUCCACAGCUGGUGUAAUUAUUACAACCAUUUUGUAUAUUUAUUUUAGAAAAGAGAUCACAACAGACUUUUAGUUAUUGCACAUAAAACACUUGUCUCGCUGUGAUUGUUCUGUUCUUGCAGUUUGGGGUUCAUGGUUCAAUAAACUUUAGUUGUAUCUCAAA